AUGUGGAUUCUACCACUCCUUGGCUACCUUGGCCUGCUGCUAGGCUUUCUCUUCCUCACGCUAGCCAUAGCCUCAGGUCUCUACUACCUCAGCGAAUUGGUCGAAGAACACACCGUCCUCGCCAAAAAAGUCCUCACCCGCCUCAUCUACGCCAUCAUCGCCCUACACACGCUCCUCCUCCUCGACCGCCUCCCGCCCCUUCUCUCCCUCUUCAGCAUCGCCUCCCACAUCCUCUACUCACUCAAUCUCCGCCGCUUCCCCGUCGUCAAACUCACCGACCCCGUCUUCCUCGCCUCCUGCGUCGUCGUCCUCCUAAACCACUGGCUCUGGUUCCGCCACUUCUCCGCCCCGCCCCAGCGCAGCGCCGGCAGCGGAGGGAGAUACAACUACUACGACCAACAGGCGAAUAUCCCGACGUUCACGGAGAUUGCGAGUUUCUUCGGGCUGGGGGUGUGGUUGGUGCCGUUUGCGUUGUUUGUCAGUUUGAGCGCUGGGGAGAAUGUGCUGCCGAGUAUGGGCAGUGAGUAUGCGACGGGGGCUGGGAGCAGUUUUAUCAGUCCCGGGCAGGAGGCGCCGGCUAUGAGUUCGUCGAUGGGAAUGGGUGGGGGUGUGAAUGGGCCGAUCAGGACGAGGCAUAAGAGGAGUAAUACGCAGACGGGCAUGGCUAAGGCUGCGGUGAAUGGUGUGAGGGAGUGGGUGGGUGAGACGGGGGAGUUGAUGGGGUUCUGGAAGGGGGAGAGGACGAGGCCGUUAUGA